ACCGUCUCGUGCAGAAUCUCGCGAGGCUUGACGCCGCGGGGCUGGCCCGGGCGGCUGCAAUAUGGCGGAGGCGGAAGGCGAGAGCUUGGAGUCCUGGCUGAAUAAAGCCACCAAUCCUUCCAACCGCCAGGAGGACUGGGAAUACAUAAUUGGCUUCUGUGAUCAAAUCAACAAGGAACUUGAAGGGCCCCAGAUCGCUGUCCGGCUGUUAGCCCACAAGAUCCAGUCUCCACAGGAAUGGGAGGCACUUCAGGCCCUGACGGUGCUGGAGGCGUGCAUGAAGAACUGUGGGAGGAGGUUUCAUAAUGAAGUGGGAAAGUUCCGGUUUUUGAAUGAGUUAAUCAAAGUUGUCUCUCCGAAGUACUUGGGAGACAGGGUGUCCGAGAAAGUGAAGACCAAGGUCAUCGAGUUGCUUUACAGCUGGACUGUGGCCCUGCCGGAAGAAGCCAAGAUCAAAGACGCCUACCAUAUGCUGAAGAGACAGGGCAUAGUACAAUCUGACCCCCCAAUCCCCAUGGACAGAACGUUGAUCCCCUCUCCACCCCCUCGUCCCAAAAACCCUGUGUUUGAUGAUGAGGAGAAAUCCAAGCUUUUAGCCAAGCUGCUGAAGAGCAAAAACCCAGAUGAUCUGCAAGAGGCCAACAAGCUCAUCAAGUCCAUGGUGAAGGAAGACGAGGCUCGGAUCCAGAAGGUGACCAAGCGCAUGCACACGCUGGAGGAGGUGAGCAACAACGUGAAGCUGCUGCACGAGAUGCUGCUGCACUACAGCCACGAACACUCCUCGCCUGCCGACAAGGAGCUCAUGAAGGAGCUGUAUGAUCGGUGUGAGAACAAGAGACGGACAUUAUUUAAACUAGCCAGCGAGACCGAGGACAAUGACAAUAGUUUAGGGGACAUCCUGCAGGCCAGCGACAACCUCUCCCGGGUCAUCAACUCCUACAAAGCGAUUGUUGAAGGGCAGAUGGUCAAUGGUGAUGUGACCACCUCAACCCUGCCGGACUCGGAAGGAAACAACCCGUCCGGCCAGGGCACUCUCAUCGACCUUGCUGAGUUGGACACACCCGACAAUUCAUCCCCAGCGUUGGCCCCAGCACCCGCCCCGCCCUCCUCAGGCAUCCCUAUCCUCCCUCCGCCCCCCCAGACCGCGGGGCCCCCACGCAGUCGUUCUUCCAGCCAGGCCGAGGCCCCCCCGGGGCCCCACAGCACAAGCAAUGGCCUGUCCCUGCUGGACGAGGAGCUCCUCUGCUUGGGCCUCACUGACCCAGCCCCCCCUGCUCCUCCUAAAGACUCAGCUGGAAGCAGCCAGUGGCACCUGUUCCAGGGUGAACAGUCGGAGCUGGACUUCUUCAGACCCCGGCCAGGGCCUGCCGCCUGCUGCCCCUCAGAUGGACCUCUGCUUCCCCCCUCUGCCCCUGCCUCCAGCGCCUCCCAAGCUCUGCCACCUGCCUUCCCUGCGCCUAGAGCCUCAGCUGGCAUGCCUGCCCCCGCCACCGGCUCCUUCAUCUUCUCCUCCGGACUCACCCCAGCUUUGCCCCCAAAGGCUGAGCCCGCAGCCCCUGAGCCCCACAGCUCAGGGCUGGGGGACACCGCCCUGAGCCCCCUGGACGGCCUUGGUCAGCUUCUGGAAGAGGCCAAAGUGACUUCAGGCUUGGUGAAACCUGUCUCCUCUUGCUUUCCCCCUGGGGCCGCCGCAUCCCCCCGGCUCCCCACCUCUGCCCCAGCCAGGCCUCUCCUGCCCUUCUCUGCUGGGCCCAGCAGCCCUCUCUUCCAGCCACCAGCCUUCCAGCCCCAAGGCAGCCCUGUGAAGGGGCCCGAGCUCUCCCUGGCCAGUGUCCAUGUGCCCCUGGAAUCCAUCAAGCCUAGCAGUGCCCUUCCUGUGACAGCCUACGAUAAAAAUGGCUUCCGCAUCCUCUUCCACUUUGCCAAGGAGUGUCCGCCAGGCAGGCCCGAUGUUCUGGUGGUGGUGGUGUCCAUGCUGAAUACAGCUCCCUUGCCCAUCAAGAGCAUCGUGCUGCAGGCUGCGGUGCCCAAGUCCAUGAAAGUGAAGUUGCAGCCGCCCUCUGGGACGGAGCUCUCUCCUUUCAGUCCCGUCCAGCCCCCUGCGGCCAUCACUCAGGUCAUGCUGCUGGCCAACCCACUGAAGGAGAAGGUGCGGCUUCGGUAUAGGCUGACCUUUGCCUUGGGGGAGCAGCUGAGCACGGAGCUGGGAGAGGUGGACCAGUUUCCUCCGGUGGAGCAGUGGGGGAGCCUAUGACCCCAGAGGACGCUGGGACCUCCCCUCGGAAGGCAGGCAGGCAGGCUGCCCUGGCCAGAAAGGCUCCAGUCGGUCUGAUCACCAUCCUGACGGCAGAAUCUGUAGCUUUGACGUGGACCAGAGGCCCGCUGCUGUGAUCCUCCCCUCCUCGGGCCCCUAAAGGACCUGUUUUCUAUCUACCUGUGUGACUUGAAGUAGCCAUAUACUUACUGUAAGGGGUGGGGAGUGGCCCCGAGCUUAGCUUCCCUGGCUGGUCUGGGAUGGGUUUCCCCUCUCCUGCAGAAAUUCCCUGAUGCCCAAGGGAAGGUUCUAAAGAAAAAUUCUCCGACCCCCUCAAGAACCCACCGGGUCCUCACACCCCAAAGACAGGUGGCUUGAACCACACUGCAGCCUGUCGCUAGCCUGUGCUUCCCUGCUGUCCGGCUGCGCUGCCAUCUCCCAGGUGGACCUCCCAGUCAAUGGUCCUGCGAGAAGCUGCUGCGCUGCUCCGCGUCCCGCCCCGUGGGCAGCAGCAGCCGGCCACGCCGCGGCAUGAGUGGUCCAUGUGUCCCUAGCACAUGACAGGGUGUGUCUGUCCUGUGGACAUCUCAGCAGGCCCUGGAACUCAGCCCAGCAGCUCUGGCCUCCUGAGUCAGCUAGGGAUAGAAAGGGAAGCGGGAGCGAGUAUCUCCCCUUCGGAAGCAGGUACUGGAGCGCAUUUCCUGCCACGGGAUAGCCACCCUACUCACUACCUCUUGCUUGGCAUGAAGUAAACCGCUGUCCUCAGUGUGAAGGGGAGGACACCUCCCAAGCCCGGUGUCCGGCCUUGCCCCCUCUCCCCACCCCUGCCUCUGUGUGGCACCUCUGGUUGGGCUGAGGAAGCCUCAGGGUCAAGCACGUUGCACUAGAUGGAUGUCCUCUUGUGCUGCCCCCAAAUCCCCACUGUCCCCCAGCAACAUAGGAUGGGGUGCUGUCAGCGAGAUGCUGGGUCUGGAGGUGGUGAGGGGCUAUGCUUGGACCAAACCACCAGACCCUAUUGCUUCACGGCACUCGGCCCCAGCUAGCGUGAGCCAGCCUCGUGAGGCGAACCACGUAGACCGUGAGCACCGAAUCGACCCGCAGCUGCUCCCGAGAAGCAGCUCUGGGGGAGCGGGCAGCUCGGGCUCACAGCAGCCCCUGGCCGCAUGCGGCUCCGAGGCUGCCGCCCCUUCUUCCCUGUCUCUAGCAAGCAGGUUUCACUGCUUCAUCUGGACAAGUCAAAACCAAAUCAUCUCACUAAUUAAGGAAUAAAUCCAAGAACUUUCCAGAAUGGCUGCUUCGGCCCUGGAAUGUCUAGGUGGACGUGUACCUUUAUGUAAAGCACUAGACAUUACAAUUAUGAGUGUCCCUCGUGAUUGUUGAGGUCACUGCUUCAUGGAAUCAACUAUACCGGAUGUACCAACUCCUCUGCCCUUGUUCUGCUGCAUGUUAAAUAAAACCACUUUUGCCCUACA